AUGACGGAAGGACUCAGUCUUUGGUCAUUAGGCCUUGCUGUCAUUGUCGUCGGCGCCCUUUGGAUCUAUGGAGUCAACAGGACCAUGAUGACGGUCCCACCUGAGGCCCAGAAACUGUCGCCCGAUUCCAACCGCUGGUCUAAGGAGCUUAUGCGGGAAACAUAUGAACGGGUCAAGAAGAACCCCAUCGAUAUCAAGAAGCAUCUCCCACCCAAGUUGGACAGACGGUACAUCGUUGUGGGCGGUUCUGGUCUUGUGGGAGGUGACAUUGUCGCACACUUGCUCGCUCGUGGACAGUCCCCGGAGGGCAUCCGGAUCGUUGACUUUGCUCCCCUUCGUCGUCCCGAUAUUCUCGGUGUGGCCAGCAAUGUCGACGUCAUCAAGACCGACAUCACCUCGCCUAACUCCGUGAAGGCUGCCUUCUCCAAGCCAUGGCCUGCGUCUGUUGCCGGUCUUCCCCUCACCGUCUACCACACUGCCGCCGUGAUCCGUCCCGGUGAACGGAGCCUCCAGACCUAUGACCGUGUCGCUCGCGUGAAUGUCGGCGGUACCGCCAACGUCCUGGCUGGUGCCAAGGAAGCCGGAGCUGACAUCUUCAUCGCCACAUCAUCUUCCUCCGUUGCCGUCAAGCCUAUGAAGUUCUGGAAAUGGCCUCUUCCUAGCCUGGCAAGCAAUUAUGUCCAAGUGUUCAACGAGGAUGAUUUUGAUCAGCCUCUGAAGGCCCAUGAUGAGUUCUUUGGCAACUACGCUCGCGCCAAGGCCGAAGCUGAACGUCUAGUCUGCGCCGCCAACCAAGAAGGUUUCCGCACCGGCGUCGUCCGUCCCGGCAACGGCAUCUUCGGAGACGUCGAGAACGACGUAACAUUUGGACCUACUCUCAAGGCCGGCGACAUCGUCUCCUGGACGCCGCACGUCAGCCAGAACUGGAUCUCCUCCCGCAACGUAUCCAUCGCCCACCUCCAGUUCGAAGCCGCACUCAACCCCUCCGUCCGGGCCGUCCCUCCGCCCUGCGCCGGCCGUCCCCUCCUCGUCACCGACCCCUGCCCGCCCAUCACCUUCCGCGACUUCUACUCCACCGUCAGCACGCUCUCCGUCACCCCCGUCACCGAGACCUACCCGCCGCCCGUGCUCAUGCUCAUCCUCGCCUACGCCAUCGAAGGCUGGGCUAAUCUGAUCAUCAACUUCCCCAUUCUCACCAAGCUGUUCGGAUGGAAGGAGCCCACCGGCGACUUGGCCAUGUUGCAGCCGGCUGUUUUCACCGUUUCUGCGUACACGAUUUGCGAUGACUCCAGGGCCAGGAAGAGCGUCGAGGAGGGUGGAAUUGGGUAUACCGGUGUGACGGAUACCUUGACUGGGUUUUGCGAGCAGAUGGCUGUGUGGAAUGCAAGGGUUGAGAGGGGAGAGGCGGGUCCACUGAAGGGCAAGGGGGCUGCUGCGCCGGUUGUUGCUUGA